UUCCGGUUCCUAGGGAUGUGCAUCCGGGUCACGCUAACGCCGCGGUUUCCUCCACCCGCUUGGUUUUGCUGUGGGUCUGGACCGGUCCCUAUGUCCUGCUGUGGGGCCUCUGGCGCCUUUGGACUGUGAAGACUGCUGAGAGACACUUGCAAUCCAGUCACAUAAGCAUAAUACAGAAAUAUUGGUCCUCAUGGAAGAAGAGCAAGAUUUACCAGAGCAACCAGUGAAAAAAGCCAAGAUGCAAGAGUCAGGAGAGCAAACUUUAAGUCAAGUAAGCAACCCUGAAGUCAGUGAUCAGAAACCUGAAACUUCAAGCCUUGCAUCAAACCUUACCAUGUCAGAGGAAAUUAUGACAUGCACCGAUUACAUCCCUCGCUCAUCCAAUGAUUAUACCUCACAAAUGUAUUCUGCAAAACCUUAUGCACAUAUCCUCUCAGUUCCUGUUUCGGAAACUGCUUACCCUGGACAGACUCAGUACCAGACGCUACAGCAGUCUCAACCCUAUGCUGUCUACCCUCAGGCAACCCAAACAUAUGGACUACCUCCUUUUGGUGCAUUGUGGCCAGGUAUGAAACCUGAAAGUGGUUUAAUUCAGACUCCAUCUCCAAGUCAACACAGUGUUCUUACCUGCACUACAGGGUUAACCACAAGCCAGCCAAGCCCAGCACAUUAUUCUUAUCCCAUUCAAGCUUCAAGCACAAAUGCCAGCCUGAUAUCCACUUCAUCUACAAUUGCCAAUAUUCCAACAGCAGCAGUUUCCAGCAUCUCAAACCAGGACUAUCCCACCUAUACUAUCCUUGGUCAGAGUCAGUACCAGGCCUGCUACCCCAGCUCCAGCUUUGGAGUCACAGGCCAGACUAACAGCGAUGCUGAGAGUACCACAUUAGCAGCAGCCACAUACCAGACGGAGAAGCCUAGUGUCAUGGUACCUGCGCCUGCAGCACAGAGACUUUCCUCUGGAGACCCUUCUACAAGCCCAUCUUUGUCCCAGACUACACCAAGUAAAGAUGCUGAUGACCAGUCCAGGAAAAACAUGACCGGCAAGAACCGGGGCAAGAGGAAAGCUGAUGCCAGUUCUUCCCAGGACAGUGAAUUGGAACGAGUAUUUCUGUGGGACUUGGAUGAAACCAUCAUCAUCUUCCACUCCCUUCUUACUGGAUCCUAUGCCCAGAAGUAUGGAAAGGACCCAACAGUAGUGAUUGGCUCCGGUUUAACAAUGGAAGAAAUGAUUUUUGAAGUGGCUGAUACACAUCUAUUUUUCAAUGACUUAGAGGAGUGUGACCAGGUGCACGUGGAAGACGUGGCUUCUGAUGACAACGGUCAAGACUUGAGCAACUACAGUUUCUCAACAGAUGGUUUCAGUGGCUCAGGAGGCAGUGGCAGCCAUGGUUCCUCCGUGGGUGUCCAGGGAGGUGUGGACUGGAUGAGGAAACUGGCUUUCCGCUACCGAAAAGUGAGAGAAAUCUAUGAUAAGCACAAAAGCAACGUGGGUGGCCUCCUCAGUCCCCAGAGAAAGGAAGCACUGCAAAGACUAAGAGCAGAAAUUGAAGUUUUAACAGAUUCCUGGUUAGGAACUGCAUUAAAGUCCUUACUUCUCAUCCAGUCCAGAAAAAAUUGUGUGAAUGUUCUGAUCACUACAACCCAGCUGGUUCCAGCUCUGGCCAAGGUUCUCCUAUAUGGGCUAGGAGAAAUAUUCCCCAUUGAAAACAUCUAUAGUGCUACCAAGAUUGGUAAGGAGAGCUGCUUUGAGAGAAUUGUGUCAAGGUUUGGUAAGAAAGUCACAUACGUAGUGAUUGGAGAUGGACGAGAUGAAGAAAUUGCAGCCAAACAGCACAACAUGCCUUUCUGGAGAAUCACAAACCAUGGAGACCUAGUGUCCCUCCACCAGGCUUUGGAGCUUGAUUUUCUCUAAGAACUGGAAUGAAGAGCCUUCCCCAUGAGCUCCUUUUCACUCCUGAAGGGAGCUAGAGACCGGAACCAACUGGGAAAUCUCUCUCUCUCUUUCUGCGUGGAAUGCUGGCGCGAACACAGUCAGAACCAACAGCCGCAAGGGACGAAGCUUACUUUUGCUAAGAGUAAACAGCAGCCCGUGUUCAUCCUUGUACAGAAGCAGGAGACAUUUGGAUUGAGAGAGAACAAUUGACUCACCACAGCUACAGUGCUUUUAAUUCUUCUGGUUUUUGUUUUGUUUUAUUUUGUUUCAAAAAAUGAAGAAAAAGAAAAGGAAAAUCUUGGGGCAGAGUUGCACUCGUAGUCCAUGACCAGAUUGAGAACUGCUAUUAACUUGUGGUGAUAGGAUGAACGUGGCAGACUUUUAUAAUAACAUCUCUUGCAGUCUUUAUAAUCUCCUUAGCUGUAGAACAUAUUCCCAGUGAAUGUAUAUGUUAUUUUUAUAGGCAAGGGUCUGGUCUCUGAAGCAGGUUUUCCCUCCUUUCUUUUUCUAGCAAGAAAGGGGUAUGUAAAAUUUCCUUGGAAAAUAGUAAUUAAAAUAUCUAAAAUACCUCUCUGUGACAGUAGCACCUCUUUAGCUGCUCCAGUGGUCUGCUCUCUAGGAUGGUUUUCUUCCAUUCUUCCAUCUCCUAGUUUGCGGAACUGUGGGGCACUGGACACUGAUUAACUUUAGACUUUGAUAUUUCCCAUCUUGGAAGCCUCAGUCCCCUUUCCAGUUGCUCUUCCCCUUUUACCAAAUGGCACAACCCUGGAAACUCCUCCUCUUAGACAGUAAAUUCUAAGCAUUCAGCUUGACUCUUUCAUUCAAAGACUGUGUCCCAGGGGGCUUACCUCCAAACUGGAGAGAAGGGACUAAGGCUUCUUAUGAAUUUCUGCUUCUUUGGCUCUUGAAACAAGAUUUCACCUUUUCCUCCUGCGGAUGCUCACCCCUACAGCCUUCUCAUCCUUCUUAGUCAUCAGUGCUGGGCUUUUGCCCCUUUCCUGCCCUCUGUACCUCACAUCACCUCCAUACAGCUCUGGCCAAACCCUGGGCUUUGGACCCAAGAAUUUAAAUUAAGUCUAAGAACAGGCGUAUAACUACAUUUUGGC